AUGCAGGCAGCAAAGUUUGUUUUGCAACUAAUUAAGACUUCAUGCAAAGAGGGUGUCACAUCCUCCAGGCGCUUCGGGGACGUGUAUAAAAGCAUUUGCUACGUAGAAGCCUCCCUAAUCACUUUUCUUUUCCUCUCCUCCUUGGGUGAUCCGGCUCUGCCCUGCCCCAUGUCUCCCUUCCACGAGUGCUGCCUACCCGUGGGCCUGGCGUGCCCCGAGCCCUUCGCCGUGACCCGCAGCGACACCUGUGUCAUCAAGUACCCCGACACCGUGGUGGACAUCGUGGAGCCCGACUUUCCCCCCUACUCCGUCAUCUACCCCGGGCCCACGCUGACCACCUUCCCCCAGCAGACCCUGGUGGGCUCCACGGCCCUGCUGGACAUCAGGAACUUCCUGGGCUCCCAGGGAUUCCAUGGGUUCGGGGGCCAACCUAAACCCUGCCUGGAUAUCUGUGGAUAG